AUGGAUAUGGACGCCGCCGCCCUCUCGGCGAUUCCCCCGCGCUGCCCCUUGGACCACACCUACUCCGCCGCGUUUACCCCCUCCGGCGACAAUUUCCUCCUCAGCAGCCCUUACCUCCACCGCCUUAUCAAUCACUUCGCCACCACCACCGACGCCCGGAAUCCCCGAUCUGACCCCGCCCCUCGGUCCUCCAUAGAGUCCCUGGAAGAAUUCACCAUCACCACCGACAGCGACGCCUGGAUGCUCUGCCCAGUGUGUAAAGACCCUUUCGCUGUGGACUCCGUCGCCAAACUGAUGCCUUGCAAACACACUUAUCAUUCCCAUUGCAUUGUUCCGUGGCUCCAGAUUAGUAAUUCCUGCCCCUUGUGCCGCCACAAGCUGCCGGUGGCAGUGAAUGAGGGGGAGGCGUAUUGGGGAUCGGUCAGGCUUGAAGAAUUGGUGGCUGAUGAGGAGGUGGAUUUGUAUGGAUUUAGGAACACUCUUAGGCAUGUUGAUAGGUUGCAUCGGUGGAAUGAUGAGAGUUAUAUUGCGAGUGGAAGUAUGUUUCCUCCUAGCCAGAUUGGGGAGGUUGCAUCGGUGGAGGCUAUGCCGAGCUGGCAGGCGGAGGAGAUGCGAGGAAGAACUGACGACACGGAUCAUGCAUACGCUCCAAGUUUGGAUUUUAGUGAGGAUUUAUAA